AUGGAGAAACCCCCUCAAGCCCAUGGCCCCGGCAACGAGCCGGGUCAACUCUCUGCUGAAGCCGGAGCCAACAUCGCGACUGUCACCUCGCGUCGGAGCUUAAGCCGGAGCGUAUCUCGGCCGAGUGCCAUCAUCGACACGCCUCCCGACGGAGGCUUGCGGGCAUGGAUGGUUGUCCUUAGCACUCAUCUUGUAGUGAUGAAUACCUGGGGCGUUGCCAACUCGUUUGGCGUUUUCCAGCCGUACUUCACCACUCUUUUUGAUCGUCCACAAUCCGACGUAGCAUGGAUUGGCUCUUUUGAAGUCUUUCUCCUGUUCUUCGUUGGCACCUUCACCGGUCGCUGGACUGAUAUGGGGUUCUUCCGUCCACUGUUUGUGGUUGGCUUCGUUCUUGUGGUUUUGGGGAUGAUUGCUGCGUCAUUCUGCACCACUUACUGGCAAUUCUUCCUCGCACAGGGCAUUUGUCUUGGUCUUGGCAACGGCUGCCUCUUUUGCCCGACUAUGGCUGUGACCUCUACAUAUUUCGCAAAGCGUCGGUCGCUUGCGUUUGGUGUCACCGCGGCGGGGGCUACAGUUGGCGGCCUGGCAUUCCCUAGCAUGGUUCGACAACUGCUACCCCAGAUCGGUCUUGGCUGGACCAUGCGGACGAUAGCCCUCAUUCAGUUGAUUACCUUGGCCAUCGCCGGAAUUCUCAUCAAGACAAGAAUACCCCCUCGACAGGCUGCGCCAUUGGUUGAAUGGUCCGCUUUCAAACAGUCUGACUACAGUUUCUACGCCACGGGUGCCUUCCUGUGCUUCUGGGGCAUCUACUUUGCUUUUCAUUACAUAGCUGCAUUCUCCCGCGACAUCAUGGGACUGUCUUAUAUUGAUUCAUUGGACCUCCUCUUGGUCCUAAACGGCGUUGGCGCUUUUGGCCGAAUCAUACCAAGUCAAAUCGGCGACAUGGUGGGGACGAUCAAUGUGUUUGCACCCAUGGCAUUUCUCACAAGCUUGAUCAUGUACUGUUGGAUGGGAGUUGGCAGCACUACGGGGUUGUAUGUAUGGGCGGUAUUCUAUGGGUUCUCAGUCGGCGCGGUCCAAGCUAUGUUCCCGGCGGUGUUGAGCAGCUUGACCACGGAUCCGCAGAGACAAGGCACUCGCAUGGGCAUGGUUUUUACAAUUGUCAGCUUCGCAAGCCUAACGGGAUCUCCCAUUGCCGGCGCAAUCAUUGACGCGCAAGGAGGCAAGUAUGCUGGAGCACAAGGGUUUGCGGGAACUUGCCUUCUUCUAGGCAUGGCAUGUGUUCUUGCGGCUCGAGUCUGCAAGACGAGAAAGAUGGGUGUUGGCGCGUUUGCAUGGGUCAAAGUCUGA